AUGGAUGAGUACAGUCUUUCAGCAAUGCUAGAAUCCUUAGGCGAAUUGAAAUCCAGUUUUUCUGCCGCACACACAAGCCUAGAGGAAUUGGACUUCGACUCCAUUGCCAGCGACCUGCCAAGUAACUUCGAUGCUGCUCUAAUCAACCUUAGAGCUACACUGCAACGCGAGAUUGGUAAACGUAGUGCCUCGCAACAUUGCUCCACGCUCAGAAUGAACUCCAGUGAGACCCAAUCAAUCAUUGUGAACGCUAAUAGCUCACGCUUGCCAUUGCUGACACUGCCUAAAUUCAGUGGCGCCUACACCGAGUGGACAAAUUUCUAUUCAAUGUUCACGUCAAUAAUCGACAAGGAUAGCGACCUCACCAACAUCGACAAAUUGCAGCAUCUUCGUUCCUGUCUGAGCGGCGCUGCCCUUGACACCGUGCGCUCGCUGGAAAUAAGCGAUGCUAAUUAUAACACUGCAUUAGAUCUUUUACAAAAGCGCUUCGAUAACAAACGGCUUAUAUUUCAGGCACACGUCAGGGAGAUAUUUGGGCUAGAGAGGGCAGAUUCAAACGUAACCAAGCUACGAGAGCUGACAGAUAAGGUCACAGCACACAUACGCGCAUUGCAGUCGCUCGCAUCCAAUGGGAAGAUCGCAGAUGGCAUCAUCGUACAAUUGGUGAUCCAGAAACUCGACAAAAAGACGCAGGCUAAAUGGGAGGAGAGUUCAUCGAUCAGCGAACUGCCAUCCAGGGAUCAAUUAGCUAUGUUCUUGGAGAAGCGCUGCAGAGCACUCGAGAACGUUGAGCAUUCCAUGCAGACACCGACUGGUCAGGCGGUAAAAGCUAACAAGAACACUGGGCAUCAAAUUCGUGACUGCAAAUCCGGAUCGUGCCGCGCCUGUCAGUCGAAACACCACACGCUCUUGCAUUUCGAACGCUCAACUGCAUCGUUAAUCAAUAGUCAAGCCGAAGCUUCGUCGGCAGCUACAGUUCAAUCCAACGCUAUGACUGCAUCGUUAUCUGUGUCGCCUAGUACCCCAGUAUCUCCUUCUGAUGCUGUGUUCCUAGCUACUGCCGUCGUUCUGGUAAAAAAUCGUGCUGGAAGCUUCGUGCCUUGCAGAGCGCUUUUAGAUUCUGGCUCCCAGUUACAUUUUGUCACAACUCGCCUUGCAAACCAAUUGCAGCUUGUAAAAGCAAAAUCUUCUGCUACAGUAUCUGGCAUUGGAGAUGCCAAUUUCUCAACGGAGGGUUACUCAGUCGACCUCGUACUGAAGUCGCGGACUUCAGAUUUCUCAACAAACAUAACAGCUGUUGUUGUGCAAACCAUAACCGACAACCAGCCUGGCUGCUCCCGAAUUGAUCUGCUCAUUGGAGCAGCAUUGUUCUUCGAUCUGCUAUGUGUGGGGCAGAUACGCUUGGCAUCUGGUUUACAACUCCUUCAGAAAACACGCCUCGGUUGGGUGCUAUCUGGAGGGGGGCAACAAGCUCUAAAACUAUCAUCUUUUGAGGUGCGACGGAAGUCCUCCAGUGAUAUUAUUGCCACUCGGUUGGAAGAUUUAGUGCGUCAGUUCUGGGAAAUAGAGCACAACUUCGAGCCGAUCUCUAAGGCCUCCCAAGAAGAUAUCGACUGCGAAGCCCACUUCCGGGAAAAUUAUUUGCGAUUGUCAUCAGGCGAAUACUCAGUUCGUCUUCCCAUGAAGCGUGGUGUGGAGGCCCUUGGAGACUCCUAUUUGCAAGCCCGUCAACGCUUCGAAAGUCUUGAACGAAAAUUCGCUCAUAACCCUGAGCUUAAAACAGAAUAUAGUAAGUUCAUAAAGGAAUAUCUGGACCUUAAUCACAUGUCGCUAGUUACCAAUGAGGUUUUUCAACAAUGCAAGUAUUUUCUGCCGCAUCAUUGCGUCAUCGAGGAUGACAGUAGCACAACCAAGCUGAGAGUAGUUUUUGAUGGCUCUGCAUCCACUACUUCGGGCUUUUCGCUGAAUGACCUACUCAUGGCAGGCCCAACUAUUCAGCCGAAACUUUUUAAUAUCCUUAUUAGAUUUCGUACUUUUCCCAUAGCACUUACUGGGGACAUCUUUAAGGUGUGUUCGCGUCACCCCACCAGAUAG